UCUGUAACACACACGCUACAUGAACACACCGCCAGGAACGAAGAGUGGAAAGAAAAUAAUAAUCGACAGAGGGGGAAGGAAACACCGCAGCCCCUCAGUCCGUCCGUCCGUCCGUCCGUCCUUUCUUUUUUAUUUUUUAAGCGGGAGGGAGAGAGUGUGUUUUUUUUUCUUUCUUUAAACGCAGACUUGCGGAAAACAUGGGAAGAGAGAACUGAGAAGGAUUGACUUGCAGUAAACCUCCCUGUGGUGCAAAUCUGUGGCUAAUAAGGCGGAAAAGGGCGACAGGGAAGACAUGUUGAGGGGCUUUUCGUCUUGAGGUUGCGGUAGGAUGUUAAUGUUGCGCUCCUAAAACACUCCGCUCUCCUGGAGAAGGAAAACAGAAAAGGGGAAAAACAAAACAGGACAAAUGGACAUUGAGCGGUAGACUAGCUCAGGAGCCAUUGUUGGGAUCGGUGCUUGUUUAAUUGGGUUUUGUUAUGAUCUGAAAUAACGUAGGCCUCUAAGGCAGCCCCGCAGUAAAUAAAUACACGGUCAGCAGACAGGGGGCUGCUUAGCUUAAAUUCUGACUGACAAUUCUGCUUGUGUUUUUGUUUGGGGAGGGGGGUGGGGGGACAUAUUAUAUAUUGAACUGCUGUGUUUAGUAAGUAAGAGGCGAGCGGGGUUUAUGAGCUAAUUGUUAAAAGAAAUUUCCUAACCGGGGAGCGAAAACAUACCAACUCAAGGGCCCAGAAGAAAAAAGAUCAGUGAAGGCAACUUGGCAUAUUACGACCUUUUUAAAUCCUCCGCCGAUCGGCUUUAAGCACCGAAGCGCAGAAGAUCCGAUAGGUGAUCUUAGCCCCCCAGUUUAGCUGAGAGAAAGGGAACAAAUAAGAUAUUUUCAAUGUUAAUGUCGACCGACGUCGCUUCCAUCAUGCUCCCUGUGUCCCGGGCUCUCAUUGACCGGGAUAGAGAGCUGGACACCAUGGCCGGGGUGCAUCCCAACCCGGCUGGCGCUCCUGCAGCUGUCCGGGGCAUGAAGCGCGGAGACCCGGAGCCCGACGGGCAGGCAGCGGCCGCUCUGGUGGACUCCACCGGGGCAGAGUGCAAGCGUCCCCGCAUCGACGGCUCAGGAGGGAUCGGCGAGGUCGGGCAGAACAAUGAUCCUUUGACCCUUGGUUACCAUGGAUACCCAUCUCAUAGUCAGGGCUCUCAGGAUAGUGCUGGCGGUCAGGAGGGACUUGUACCCCCACCUUUCUCUCCGUUCCCACCUCCUCCACCACCGCCCCCUCAGAACGGCCUGGCACUGGAUUACGGGGGCAGCCUGUAUGCAGCAGGGGCUGUGCAGGGCCCCUUGGAAGCCAGCGGAGCAGGGAACAGCGCAGCCAACGCCGCCAACAGUCUCAGCGCCCAAUCAGAUGGGUCCUCCCAGAUUGACGGCCAGUCUGGAAUUGGUUCGGGAGGAGGGGGUGGUGGCGGGGGUCCCGGAGAUGAUUCAGAUGCUAAGGGCACCCCCAAACGCCUCCAUGUAUCUAACAUCCCCUUCCGCUUCAGAGACCCUGACCUACGGCAGAUGUUUGGGCAAUUUGGCAAAAUCCUUGAUGUGGAGAUCAUUUUCAACGAGAGAGGCUCAAAGGGCUUUGGUUUUGUAACAUUUGAGUCGAGUGCAGAUGCAGAGAGGGCCAGAGAGAAGCUUCACGGUACGCUGGUUGAAGGACGUAAAAUCGAGGUCAACAAUGCAACAGCCAGAGUCAUGACAAACAAGAAGAUGACCACGCCGUACUCUAACGGAGAGGGCCUGGCAGCGUUACCAUAUGCCGGCUGGAAGUUGAGUCCUAUGGUUGGAGCCAUGUACAGCCCUGAGCUCUACACAGUACCAGGGUUUCCGUAUCCAGCAGCAGCAGCCGCCGCCGCCGCCGCCUCCACCGCCGCGACCUUUCGAGGCGCUCAUCUCCGGGGUCGCGCUCGGCCCGUCUACAGUGCGGUCAGAGCAGCCGUGCCACAACCCGCCAUCCCGGCAUACCCAGGUGUGAUGGCCUAUCAGGAUGGUUUUUACGGUGCAGCCGAUCUCUACGGUGGCUAUGCAGCUUAUCGUUACGCCCAGCCGGCUGCUGUAGCGACUCCUGCGGCUGCGGCUGCAGCAGCUGCAGCUUACAGUGACAGCUAUGGACGAGUUUACACAGCAGACCCCUACCAUGCUGCACUUGCUCCAGCUGCCUACGGGGUCGGAGCCAUGGCCACACUGUACAGGGGAGGCUACAGUAGAUUUGCCCCUUAUUAAAGACACUACAUCUCACAGGAGCUCCUUUUCUUCCAUUGAAUUAAUCUGAAAGAGCUCCCCCUGUUGUUGUGGAGAUGGACUACACCCCGUUUUAAAAGUGUGGAGUUGACCACAACAAAGAUAUUUCAGAUCCUACCCCAGAGCAGUCUCUAUGUUUUCUUAUAUACGCUACUACAGAAAUAGAGGAAUGCUGUAUUAAAGACUGAAGGAUGGCCUUCACAUAAAAAAAAAAAAAGAAAAAAAAGAAGAAUAAAUAAAUACGACUGAAAUGGCCACCUUCCCUAUUGCACGGCUGUAUUAUAGUCUCCCCCUCUUAUUCCCUCGGCACUCAGCAGCACAAGAUUUGGGGACGGAGCCCAGAUGUUCUUCCAAAGGCUGUAUGUGGAUAAUGGACAUUUCAACAGCUGCCACUCAUGUGAGAAAGAGCUGAGCGCUGUGUGGCCCGCACACACGCUGCGUUUAAGGAAAAAGAGAGGGAAACAAGCAAUCAAGGUGUCAUUAAAAAAAAAAAAAAGUGGUAGAGAGAAGGUGCCUAGAGAGAGCGCCUGAAAACAUUUUGAACCAGAACGAUAUGAUAAAGCGCCCACCUCCCGAACGUGGGUGGAUAGUAGAGAGAUGUUUUCCAUCCCUGCUGUGUUCUGCUUUGAAGGAGAUUGGACAUGGCAGCUUGGAGAGAUUAUGGAAAGCUGAAGGAGGGAGGGUUUAUUAGAGCUGUUCCUUACCUCAAGUUUUCUUAGUAUGUGGAAAUGGUAAACCUUUAAACUUAAAAUUGUUAUGAUAUGCAAAGAAAUUAGUUUAGAGAAAAAAGUUACCAAAUUAUUAUUAUUAUUAUUAUUACUCUUGUAAUUAUUCUCAUUAUUAUUAAACCAUUAUUAUUAUGUUUUGACCCAGCUGCACAGCAGUCACUGCUGUAAUAGAGGUUUAACAGUGAACUUUGGGGUUGAAAUCAGAAAAUCAGCAUCUAUAUGUCCACCUUUCAACUAUAUGACGCAACUACGUCUCACACUUUCCUGGUCACGCACAAAUUUUAGGACACUUCGCGUGAAAACCAUUAACACUACAAAAAGUGCAACACUACACUGCAAAACACUUCGUAUUUAGUUGAGAUUACGUCCAACUUAGCUCAUUUACCUACAGCCCUUAGGUUCAGGUAUCUGUUGAACCUUUAAAGUAGAGAUGUAUUAUUUGGAUUUUCCCGUCGUGCUCCAUCUUUUCUAGAGUCAAGCACCGGAUGAGUCUUCCUGAAACAUAUUUUAGUUGGUAAUUGCGAUUAAGAUGCUGCCAACAGCAAUUACUGAGCAAGAGAGAUUCUGUCAGUGAGUUAAUAGCGAAUAUUUAAAUGCAAAACAUGUUACUAUUGUGCAUAUUUCUAUACUAUUGUACCCUAUAUUUCCAAAAUGUGGCUUUUUUGGCUUUUGGUUUUUGUUCCAAAGAUUUGUAGAAAGCACAUCUUUCUGCUGUAUGUAUAAAUAUAUUAUCUUUGUUAUUUGUUAUUCUCAUAAUACGCUGGCUGUUUUUAUUUACUUUCUUUUCAUAUGAGUGUUGUUCCUUUUCCAGUAAGGUGCACAUUUCAAGUUUUAUUUUGUGCUUUGGAUUAAAGCUCGAGCAGUGAGCAUACCCAAGUUGUGAGACCUGGAGGUGUGCAAGUAACAUUACCAAAACUUUAUUUUGUCCACUCAGUUGAAUAUUCAGGCAGUCCAGACUUUGUUUUUGUUUUUUUUUUGUAAUGACUAUAGGAUCUGCCAGCAUGAUAUUCUGGAUUUUUUUUUUUUUUUUUCUUGUGUGAUUGCGUUAAUGUCUAUAUUUUGCUACCGUUAUGUCUGGAAUGAAUGAGCACAGGUCUUUGUCAAUUUGAUUUAAACCAACUGGGUUUCUUUUUUCUUUUUCCUUAUUAUUAUUAUUAUUAUUUCAUGGUUUUUACAGCAGAUUCCUAACAUUUCAGUGGUCAAAUCUGUAGGCUUUACCAGUGUGGUUGCUUCAGGUUUGUUGAAGAUAUCCAGUAAAAUGUCUGAAAGUGUUAUUAUUCGUACAUAGGCAGGUUGAUAUUCCAGCUCUGUUUAAAAAGAAAAGAAAAAAAAAAAAGCUAGAUAUCAGUGUGGGAUAUGAUCUAUGCUGUGCUAAAACAGGACUGUUGAGAAUGAUUUUCAGUGCUACCUUUGUGUUUUCCACUUGUCACAUAUGGAAAAAACACAGGACAGUCACAAUUGUUCUCAUGACAUGUAACUCUUUAUUUUUUAUUAUUUUUUUCUUUGAUAAUAUCUUCAUAAUAAUAUAGAAUGUGCUCUGGACAAAAU